ACGCAUGCCCCGUGCGCACUGCGCGUCCUGGCCUGUCAGUAGUCUCAGUAGUAGCCAGAUGGAAACGUAGGCAAGUGGAUUCGGUGAGGUCAUGUAUUUUUAAGCCGCACAACAACGGAACAAAUCAUCCUUCACCGGGCGGCAGAUAAACUAAUAGUCCGAAGCAUUUUGUCCGCUGAUCGGACCGCUGGGUGGGGAUCGAUAUAGUUUUCAUCUGAUCACAGAGAGGACAUUUUUGGAUGCACAGAAGGCAGUAAUUGAAGAAUUCGCCAUGAACAAAAACAAGAAAGAAAGGGAGUUCUACAGCCUAGACGUUGGGGAUUCGACGUUCACAGUACUGAAGCGCUACCAGAAUCUAAGACCUAUCGGCUCAGGAGCACAGGGAAUCGUCUGCUCUGCCUAUGACCAAAUCCUUGAACGAAAUGUCGCCAUCAAGAAGCUGAGUCGGCCGUUUCAAAAUCAAACCCAUGCCAAGAGGGCGUACAGAGAGCUAGUCCUAAUGAAAUGUGUCAAUCACAAAAAUAUCAUCGGCCUAUUAAAUGUAUUCACCCCACAGAAGACAUUAGAAGACUUCCAAGAUGUGUACCUGGUGAUGGAGCUGAUGGAUGCCAACCUGUGCCAGGUCAUUCAGAUGGAGCUGGACCAUGAGAGGCUGUCCUAUCUGCUCUAUCAGACACUGUGUGGUAUCAAACACCUCCACGCCGCCGGCAUCAUUCACAGGGACCUCAAGCCCAGCAACAUAGUGGUAAAGUCAGAUUGCACAUUGAAGAUUUUGGACUUCGGCUUGGCUCGGACGGCUGCCACGGGCCUCCUGAUGACACCGUAUGUGGUGACACGCUACUACAGAGCACCAGAGGUUAUCCUGGGAAUGGGCUACCAAGCCAAUGUGGACAUAUGGUCUGUGGGCUGCAUACUGGCGGAAAUGGUUCGCCAUAAAAUCCUCUUCCCGGGAAGGGACUACAUCGACCAGUGGAACAAAGUAAUCGAGCAGCUAGGCACUCCAUCUCAGGAUUUUCUAAUGAAGCUGAACCAGUCGGUAAGAACGUACGUAGAAAACAGGCCACGCUACGCCGGGUACAGCUUUGAGAAGCUCUUCCCAGAUGUUCUCUUCCCUGCCGACUCUGACCACAACAAACUGAAAGCGAGCCAAGCCAGAGAUCUCUUAGCCAAGAUGUUGGUGAUUGACGCCUCCAAGCGCAUCUCUGUAGACGAGGCCCUGCAGCACCCCUAUAUUAACGUUUGGUACGACCCGGCUGAAGUGGAAGCGCCCCCUCCGAGGGUCCUCGACAAACAGCUGGAUGAGAGGGAGCAUACCGUGGACGAGUGGAAAGUGCUAAUUUAUAAGGAAGUGAGUGACUGGGAGGAGUGGAAAAGAAAUGGCGUCAUAAGAGGCCAGCCAUCUCCUCUAGGUGCAGCAGUGAUCGACAGCCCCCCUCAGCCGACGUCCUCCUCCUCCUCUUCGGCCAACGAUGUCUCGUCAAUGUCCACAGAGCCCACUGACCCUAGCAGUGACCCCACCAUGACCUCUGAAACAGACAGCAGCUUAGACAGCCACACCUCUCUGGGUUCGCUGGCCUGCUGCAGAUAACGCACACGUACACACACACACACACACACACACACACACACACAUACACACACCUACACUACACACAAAAACCUUUCCUCAUCAGUGUGUGUGAUGGGAGAGGAUUUAGGCCAAUGGAACUGUUAGUUUGUAGAGCCGCUUUUAAUGUACAGAUUGUUUUUAUUUCCCCCUCCCCCCUAUACUGCUGUAAAUGACCGUGGUUUGAAAUUGUAUCAUUAUUACUGUAUUUUUGCUGCAAAGAAUCAGAGUAUGUUUUGAUGUGAAUCUGUGAUGUAUGUUAUGAAAGAGAGGGAUUUGAUUGUACUUUACACAUUGCUGUUAUUUUAGCUGCUGCUACACAGUCGAAUACCGCGCUGUUAGCACUGCAAUAUUAUGUUGAGUAUAUUUUUUGAAUUAUUGAUUUGGCAUUUUUUUUUGUAUUGUUUUUGGGACAUUUGAAUGAAUCUACACCAAUUCUGUUUUUAACAGUAGACUAGAGCGCACUUCAGUUUGGAUCCAAAUGAAUGAUUUUAUUUUGAUAUUGUUCCUCAUCUUUCUUGUAGAAAGCGUCCAUUGGUGUAUCCAAGUUAACUUAGUAUUAUGUCACCUCUGAUUGUGUGCAUCUUGACAAGCAGUCAAACGGUCUAUUGCCCUGACACUGAAUUUCUUUUUUUACUAUAGCAUACUGUUAACUGACUGUAUUUAAACUUGUUUAGUUACUUAGAUGUAAUUAGUAGGCGACGGUCUGUUGGAUGAGGAAGAACAGGGUGAAUGUAAGUGAAUAGAAGUGUGGCGUAGUGAGCAGCCAGUGAUUACUGUUUAAUAUAGGCCACUCCACUGGCUAGAAUGAGUUCUGUAUUUGGGGACGGUCACCAGAGACUAAGUCUAAAUCACUUUACCCUUUUGGCAGGUUCUUUCAGACAUUAUUCACCGCUGUCUGAUAUUUAACAUAUUUAAUUUAAGUGCCCUUACUCAGUUCAGUGAUUUUCAGUCCUCUCCGUUGCAGACGCUUUUCUCUUCUGCGGUGCGUCUUUCUGAGUUCUACCUCACACAUGCACACACACUCAAACACACGUUUUUUGAAGAUACAGUAUCAUGGCACACAUCAUUCGAAAGAAAUGCGAAAAAAGAUCAUUUUUUUUUCUGUAUUUGCUUUAUUUAUUUAUUUAUUUAUUUCAAGCUGGGAGGCGUCUAUUGUAUGUAAUGUACAUUUCAUUCAGAAGUACUAUUUAUAUGCAUUUUGUUUCAUUUUUUUCUUUUCUGUGCAAUAUAAUUCAUAGAUUAAUAGAGUCAGUGAUCGAUCUGUACAUUUUACUGUAGAUGUAUGUGUGUUUUCUGAGAGUCAGGAAACAGGCAUUUUUGCUACCUGCCACGGUAACCUUUGGAUGUGUUUGAUGGCUCAAAUUCCCAACCUGUCCCUUUUGCCCUUUUCAUGGUUGGGCACCCCAGGCAGUAACUAACCCCCCUUAGCAUCAGCUCCCAGAAUGCACUUUGGGGAUUGUGACGCAUGUCCUGACCCGUCCUGGGCCACACAUCUCAAUGAGGCUGCUGUGGCUUCCUCUUUUUUGUUGUUUUCCUCUCCUCAAAAAUAGAAAAGAUAGAUUAGACUACGCAUGAGUUUUUCUCCGAGCACAUCUGGUUUUAGUGCAGGUACAUUUAGAGGAAAGACGGGAACGCCGUUCGGCACUACUGGGAUGAUGCUGCAGUCGUCUGACGCUGACAGCCAAGAGUUAACCUGUUGUGGUGUGUUUUGAUCAGGCCAGCUGUGUGAAGUUUAGCCUGUGGAUCUGAAAUUGCCUCACUAACAGACCAAUUAUAUACAUCAAAAAAUGGAAACUGUCUACCUUCAACUCCAGCAAAUAAAAGAGUUGGAUUUUAA